UCAUUUUUCAUUUCAACAUCCAUCCACAUCAUGCACCCCCACCCUCCAUAACCACAUCACAUCUCUCCCAAUACAAACCCUAAUUUUCAUCUUCUCUCCAUCCCCACAAACCCUAAAAUCCAGAUCCCAUUUCUCCCCAUCCCCAAAACCAUGACCGCACUAAAACCAAUCCUCAACCACAUAGACACCAUCCCACCAAACACCGGCAAGUUCAAACCGGUCAAACCCUCAGUCUACUUCAUCCACCACCGCCUCCGGUUCCACACAUCUUCCCCCAAAUGUGCUCUCUGGUGGAUCAUCUUCUUAUCAUUAAUAAUAAUGCUCUUCUUCCUCUCCCAGCCUUCCACCACCGCUCAUCUCCACACCACCAUGUUAUCAUCAAAAUCAACACUGAUCAGGUUGUCCGCUACCCCUCGGUCCACCCAAGGGCACAUUGUAUUGGUCACCGGUGCGGUUGGUUUCGUUGGUGCACAUGCCUCCGUGGCGCUUAAGCGCCGUGGAGACGGUGUAGUUGGACUUGAUAAUUAUAAUCCAUACUACGACGUGGGGUUAAAAACCUCACGUAAGACUCAACUGUUGGAUCGCGCGGGUGUGUUCGUCGUGAAAGGGGAUAUAAACGACGACGUUUUGCUUCGAGAGCUAUUUGAUCUAGUGCGAUUCACUCAUGUACUCCAUCUUGCUGCACAAGCGGGUGUAAGGUAUGCAAUGAUCGACCCUAGUUCGUAUAUUAAAUCGAAUAUAGACGGGUUUGUUAACGUGUUAGAAGCUGCGAAAAACGCGGUUGUCCCACCAGCGAUCGUGUGGGCGUCGUCUAGUUCUGUUUAUGGGCUUAACUCAAAGGUACCGUUCUCGGAACAAGACCGGACUGAUCAUCCUGUUAGCCUAUACGCGGCCACGAAGAAGGCGGGUGAGGCGAUCGCGCACGCGUAUAAUCAUAUCCAUGGUUUGUCGAUAACCGGUUUGAGAUUCUUCACUGUUUAUGGGCCUUGGGGGAGGCCGGAUAUGGCUUAUUUUUUCUUCACUAAAGAUAUAUUGAAUCGAAAACAGAUCUCGAUAUUCGAGGGUGAGAACCAUGGGACAAUAGCUAGGGAUUUUACUUACAUUGAUGAUGUGGUGAAGGGUUGUUUGUCAGCUAUAGAUACAGCAAAGAAGAGUACUGGAAAUGGUAGAAAUGGGAGGAAGAAGAAAGGUGAAGCCCAAUUUAGGAUUAUUAAUUUGGGGAAUACUUCUCCCGUUUCGGUUCAUAAGUUAGUUAGGUUGUUGGAGAAGUUGUUGAAGGUGAAAGCGAAGAAGAAGAUGGUGUUGAUGCCUAGAAAUGGCGAUGUGCCAUUCACGCAUGCGGAUAUAAGCUUGGCUCGGAUGGAACUCGGGUAUAAGCCGAGGGUUGAUUUGGAGACUGGGUUGAGAAAGUUUGUUAAAUGGUAUCUUGAUUAUUAUGAUGUUAAGAAGAAGAGUUCUUGGUGAGUGAUGAAGAUGAAGAUGAUGAUGAUGAAUAAUGUUUCAAGAAAACAAGGUUUAUGCAUUGAUUCUUUUUGGUUUACAAUCUUUUUGGUGUUCUAAACUUAAAUGGCUGUAUGCUAGAACUAAAAUUUGAUCA